AUGUCUAAAACUACAAUGACCCCCGAGGUCUUCAAACAGAAGGCCAUCGAUUCCCUGCAGAGUUUUGAUCCCGGUCUUAUAUUGCGGGGUGCACAGCUAACGGUCGUGGGUGCAUACCGUGCUCUUCAAAAUCCUCAUCUCUUCAGAAGUUCGCAUUACAAGAAAGCGGCUUUGGCGGUUGCAGCUGGUUUACUACUAAGGAUUAUCGUUGACCUUCCUAUAUUCGGUGUCAAAAUCCUUCUCACCUUCAGCGGUCUCUUUGUCGAUUUAAAAACUCAAUCAUGGGACGAUUGGAUCAUCAAGGGUCUUCAAUUCCUCGAGAAGAACGUCCUUCAGAUUCCCUUCUUUCUUAUGACACUUACCAUAAGACUUCAACGGGAUGCUUUGGAUGAAAUGUUCAUGGAAUCCCUCUCCUGGGUUGACCAAACCUACCUCCAAAAACACCAAAACGACAACCCCUCUACCCUCCGCCCACCAUACCACCAAAACCUCAUCUUAUACCCCAAAAACGGCCCCGCCUCCUCUUCAUCCUCAUCUACAAGAUCCUCUUCAUCCUCAUCACCACCCCAAUCCAAAUCCUCCAAACUCGCCGCCACAAUCGCCCAAAAACAAACCGACUUUAUAAAACAAAUGCUCAAAAAGGGUCUAAUCUCCCUAAUAGUCUACAUCUCCUCCUUAAUCCCCUGGGCCGGAAUCCUCGUCCUACCGGCAGCAAGCGCCUGGUCCCUCCACCCAACCGUAGGAAUAGGUCCAGCCCUCGGAGUCUUCCUAACAGGUCUCUUCGUACCCCGUAAACAAAUGGUCAUAGUCCUCCAAGCCUACCACGCAUCCAGAAGUCUAGUACGAACCCUCUUAGAACCUUAUUUCUCUCGUAUACCGUUCACACCAGCCCAGAAGAAGAAAUGGUACAGAGAAAGACAAGGACUAUUAUUAGGAUUCGGAAUUGGGUUUUAUGCUUUCUUGAGGAUUCCGUUGUUGGGGGUUUUGAUAUAUGGGAUUGCGGAGGCUAGUACGGCUUAUUUGAUCACAAAGAUUACGGAUCCUCCACCUUCUAAACCUAGUAGAGAGGCGUUGGAGGAGUAUGCGGCUGAUCAGGCGGAGUGGAGGAAUAAACAGGAGUUUGUGGCUUUGCCGUUAAGAGAUUUGGAGGAGAAGGUUGGGAGGGUUAUUAGUGAGGUUAAGGAGACGAAGAAGAGGAAGAAUUAG